CUCCGAAUCGCCUACCCAGUUACACUAAAGCAAACCAGCGAUGAACAAUUUAGCUGGCACCGUCGGAACUGCAGAUGCUGCUCCUGGACGAGCCGACCGUAGGCUGCGACACGGAGGCGCGCAACGCUCUGUGGCAUGCCAUCCUGAAGAACCGCGCCCAGCGGGGCAUCUUGCUUGCCACGAACUCCAUCGAGGAGGCCGACAUCCUCGGGGACCGCUCCGCCAUCAUCUCCACGGGGAGCGUGCGGUGUUGCGGCUCAUCCAUCUUCCUGCGGAGGAAGUACGGAAUCGGCUAUCGGCUGCACAUGACGACGACCGAGAUGCCGAACGUGAAGCACAUCGUCGGCUUCCUCAAGACCGUCGUCGAGAGAGCCGAGGUGUUCCUCGAACGCCGAGGCUUCCUUGUUUUCUCUCUCGGCAACCCUGAGCACACGAAACUGGUCAAGCUCAUGCAGGCUAUUGAGACAAACAAGCGCAACCUGGGCAUCUUCACGAUGGGCCUGGCCGCCACCUCGCUCGAAGACGUCUUACUCAAGGUGGACGAAGAGAACGUGGGCAUGGAGACAGAUGAGUCGAGUGACCCCGAGAGCAGCGGAAUAAAUGCCGAGACCGCAAGUACCAAGGCUAAGGAUACUACACUGAUGAACACUGGCAAGGACGAAGAACCCUACAAGCGGGACUUCGUUCCGGUGACGGGCUUUCGUCUGUGGCGGCUACAGUUUUGGGCGCUCAUGUGCAAGAAGAUGAGUUAUUGCAAGCGCAGCUACCUGGCCAUCCCACUGCUCGUGACCACUAUCUUCGUGACGGCGCUCAUACGCACGCUGUCCUACUUUCUCUUCCACUUCGACCAGGCCAAGUACGUCCAGCUCCACAAGCAAGCGAUAUCGCCGACUGCCACCGAGAUUGCCCUUCUUCAGAAGGAACCAGCAUUUAAAGAAUUGUACUACAUGAUCCGCCAAGGCCCCAAGGCGCCGCUGUUCAAGUUCGACAUCCAGAAGGUGUCGGACAGCGUGGUCGACCCGGUGUUCACGGUGGUGCUGAUCGCCCGCAUCGUCGACUCGCUCACCAUCCCGCUCCUGCUGUCGCUGCUGGCCGCCGCCUACGUCUUCCUGCCCACCGAGGAGACGUUCACCAAGGCCAAGGCCAUUCAGCUCAUGACCGGCAUCACGGCGACUCGCUACUGGUUCAUGAGCUUCUUCAUCGACAUGGCGUCCUACACGAUCGCGUGCAUCAUCGCUUUGCUGCCGCUCUUCAUCAUCGAUCCCUGGGGACUCACCAAAAAGGCCAACAUCAUACUGUCAACGUACCUCGGUCUGUUCUGCUUCUUCGGUGUGGCCUUCAUCCCCACCUGCUACGUAACUUCGUUCUUCGUGGAGACGUCAGCGGUGGCAUACUUUGGUCUCAUCGUUGAGAGCUUCAUUACAGGCACGGUGACCAGCAUCGUGCUGUUCCUGUUCGACAACAGCGUGGUCCUGGCACUCAAGGAGAAGUCGCGCUUCCACCGCGUCUUGGGCAAGCUGGAACUUCCGCUGCGCGUAGUGCCAAACUUUGCCGUGAACCGCGGAGUGGGCAACGUCAACAAGCGGCUCUUGGGACAGCUGGUGUGCUGCAACUUGCCCAUCGACCUGCUCGCCAUGCUCUGCAACCACGAGUCGAGACAGUUCGGCACGACGCGCUUCACGCCCAACGAGACCGAGUACUGGGACCGCAUGGUCGAAGGCUGCCCCGGUUCGUGCCAAAUCUACGACCUGCUCAAGGCGGGCCACGAGUGCGUGGUGAGUGCGACGCAGACGGACGACGAGCGACGCGAGUUCCGCAUCGACCUGCUCAUCAUGUUCAUCACGGGCUUCGGCCUUCUUCUCGUGUGCGUCUUCCUGGACGCCAAGCUCCAGUCGCGCACGAAGUCCAGCGAACUCCUGUCGCGCGAGGAACUGCGCGCCAAGAAGCUGCAGAUGAAGCACGUCGACCCCACCAUCCUGGAGGAGCGCGAGCGGGUCGAAGCCCUGGUCGACGCCAUGACGCACGGCGAGGAGGAAGGCCUGCUCGGGCUGCUCGUGCACAAGCUCGGGAAGACGUACAGAGAGGUGUCGGUGAUCGGCCAGCUGAGCUUCACGGUGCAGCCGGGCGAGAUAUUCGGCGUGCUCGGCUUGCAGCAGUCUGGCCGUAGCACGGUGCUAGCCAUCCUGGCCGGUGACCGGGAGCUUGGUCGCGGGAACGCCUACAUCGAGGGCUGGGGAAUCCGGCGAAACCCCAAGCAGUACCUGAAGCGGGUCGGCUACUGCCCCGAAGAGGACCCUCUCAUCUUCAAGCUCACUGGGCGCGAGAUGCUGGCGUUGAUAGCUCGGCUGCGCGGCCUAACGCCCCACGUGAUGCACAAGGAGAUCCACUACAUCCUGCACCAGGUCGGCCUCAUGCGCCACUCCAAGCACCUGACCGUCGAUUACGGUUCGGGUGCCCGCCGCAAGAUGUCGCUGGCCAUGAGCCUGGUUGGAGACCCAGCGCUGGUCAUCCUAGACGAGUGCACAUCCGGCGUGGACCCCAUAUCACGUGGCCGCCUGUUCCGCGCAAUCACGCGCAUCCAGCGGUCCAGCGGCAUGGCAGUGCUCUUCACGUCGCACUGCAUGCGCGAGUGCGACCAGCUGUGCACCCGCGUCGGCAUCCUGUCGGGCGGCGACUUCACCCGCGUGGGCGACACGGUGGCCCUGAAGCAGUCGGCCACGCAGGGAUGCACCAUCGUAGUGAAGCUGACCGUGGCCCAGAGCACGCAGGAAGGCUCUAUCAAGGAGAUCAACCGGGGCAUCAAGCGGGAGUUCCCAAACUCGGUCAUUGCCGAGAAGCGAGAGGACCAGAUGCGCUACCGGCUCAAGCCGAACAUGGACUACCCGCUUAUCUGGAGCGAGGUGGUCUCCAAGCUGCACAUGCUCCAGGAAGAAAUCAAGUUCGAGGACUUCCUGGUCAACGACACCUCGCUCGGGGAGGUGUUCAUCGGCUUCGCGCGCGAGCGAAAGAUGGUGGACUUCGGCGACAACCAGAUUCGCUACUACGAAAAGGACGCGCCGCCGGGAAUCGCUAGCGUACCGAUCACGACGUAGCGCGCACGAUGAUUAAACGCCAACCUGCUAUUGCUGAGGGGCG